AUGGCGCGCGUCUACGCCGAUGUCAACCAGAAUAUGCCCCGCAGCUACUGGGACUACGACGGCGUUAAUAUCAGCUGGGGUGUCCUGGAGAACUACGAGGUUGUCCGCAAGAUCGGCCGAGGAAAAUAUUCAGAGGUUUUUGAGGGCAUCAACGUUGUCAACUACCAGAAAUGCGUCGUCAAGGUCCUGAAGCCCGUCAAGAAGAAGAAGAUUAAGCGAGAGAUCAAGAUUCUGCAGAAUCUUGCUGGCGGCCCCAACGUCGUGGCCCUUCUCGAUGUCGUGAGGGAUUCGCAGAGUAAGACCCCGUCUCUCAUCUUCGAGCAUGUCAACAACACCGAUUUCCGAAGCCUGUACCCCAAGUUCAACGACAUCGAUGUUCGUUACUACAUCUUUGAGCUGCUCAAGGCUCUCGACUUCUGCCACAGCAAGGGAAUCAUGCACAGAGAUGUGAAGCCUCAUAACGUUAUGAUCGAUCAUGAGAAUCGCAAACUACGUCUUAUUGAUUGGGGUUUGGCCGAGUUCUACCACCCCGGUACCGAAUACAACGUCCGAGUUGCCUCCCGCUACUUCAAGGGUCCCGAGCUUUUGGUCGAUUUCCAGGAGUACGACUACAGCCUCGACAUGUGGAGCUUGGGAGCCAUGUUUGCCUCGAUGAUCUUCCGCAAGGAGCCGUUCUUCCACGGCAACAGCAACUCAGACCAGCUCGUCAAGAUCGCCAAGGUUCUUGGCACCGAUGAUCUGUUUGACUACAUCGACAAGUACGAGAUUGAGCUCGACACUCAGUACGAUGAUAUCCUGGGCCGCUUCCAGAAGAAGCCCUGGCACAGUUUUGUCACCUCGGAGAACCAGCGCUUUGUCUCGAACGAAGCUAUUGAUUUCCUUGAUAAGCUGCUGCGAUAUGACCAUCAGGAACGGCUCACUGCCAAGGAGGCACAGGCCCACCCUUACUUCAACCCCGUUCGUGACCCCGAGGUCUUCAAGCAACACCUUGCGGCUGCCAACGGCAAUGCCAACAAGCCCUGAGAGCCUCGGCUCUUUUUGUCCCCGAUAAUCAUCAUUCACGGUGGUCAACCUGGCGUCACCCCCCUCACCCAUGAUACCCCGGACCGGCGGUUUUAACCUUGUCGGCCUUCACCCCUGAUAGGAUGUUCAUACUAGGAAAAACAACUUGUCAACUGUUCCUUCCCCCAUCCUAUCCCCUCUGUGACAGUGAAUGGCCCGGUUCUUGGCUGAGGCCAGGGGGUCCGUGAGGUAUCCCACCGCAUGGCAUCUCAGAAUUUGACGUGACAACGAAUUGGAUCUGGGACGAGGGAUAUGUGUUGUUCAGUGUGGGCAGUCUCGGGUUGGAGAAAUCCUCAGUUUGGAAGAAUGACUUUCUGGCAAGGGGGGGCGAUGUGGACGAGACAACGAGGUUUUGGCGUUCCAGGGUCUGGGCGGUUCUGGCACAUUGGGACGGAGGGAGGGUUGGUGCAUAUCUAAUUGUUAACGGACAUGGCCUUUCUGGCUUCGACUCGGAACAAUUUGUUUUUUAUCAUGGUCAGUCUUUAUGCGGUAGCGUCAUAAUCCAGCAAGCAUUCAAAGUGCCUGUAUUGAUGAGUUCAUCUA